GGCAAAGACAUACCGAGAACAAAAAGACAAGGAACAGUAUGAAUACGAUGUKYUGAGUCAGAUGACKGCACGACACUAUGUUGCUAUGUUUAACAGGAGUCUCUCUAUAACAUCUGGAGGAGGAAACGUYGGAGAAAUCCAGUUUCUGCCAGUAGUUCUCCUGCAGUUGGUCAACUCGUCUGGUCAUGUGACUAAUGUCUUAAAUGCAGAGCCAUACAUGUCUGGGGAGUUUACUAAAUUAACCAAUAACGUUGCCUGGAAGAACACAAGAAGACGUACCGAUCUGGUGUUGGCCUACAGUCAUUUUACUUAUCAAGCGUCAGACCGUAAAUUGAUUGUUGUUGACAUACAGGGUUGGGCACCACGCGAUAACAAGGGAUGCACUUUCCUAACAGACCCGCAGAUUCAUUCUCCAGUUUACAAAUGCUUUGGAACUGGUAAUUGGAAGAAGAAAGGUUUUGAUAAUUUUUGGAAAAUGCAUGUCGAAUGCAAUGACAUUUGCAAAAUGCUUAACCUGGUUAGACCACCAAACAAGUAAUAAGCUGUCCAUUUUACACACACUACUCAUUAAUACAAGUUACAACUACUGAUGAAUAAAACAUCAGUGUCGUAAAGAGAGUAGCCCUAAACCCCUUCGAGAGAGCCUGAUACUCAGGCUAUAAAGAGAGAAGACAAAAAACAAAUAAAAUAAAAUUGAAAAAUGGCAAAUUAAAUUGGAAAAGGCACAGAAUUCUUGUAGGACCUUUGCAAAAAGGAGCUUAUAUGAAGCAUUUUACUGUAAUACUCAAUCUUAGAAAAUUUACCGGUAGGCAAAAAUGUUAUCAUUUUAUCAUUUACUCUAUCCUUUGGUUCUUUCCUCUUUUGAGGCAAAUGCUUUUCUCUGAAAAGUUUCUAAUAAUUAUUGGUAUAAAUGGGUGAUAUUUUGAAUAUUUGAAAUUAGAGGGUUUUUUAUUGUAGGUAGCAAUUUAAAACAGAGAACUUUUGUAUAGUCUGGAGAUGGUAAUGUUAUAAACUCUCAUACAGAUCUCCUCCUUCGAAUGUGACAUAUCAAAAUAUUAAAAUACAUUAUCAAAUAAAAUAAUAAUUUUAUUGCUGUCAAGUACAGCAGAGAAACAACAAACAUUCCUCUGACGCACUAUMAUUCAAUGUGAAUACUUUGCUGUGCGAGAAUAAUAUUUCACUGAUAGUAUAAUAUUAUUAUUAGCUAGUUAUGUAAAAUAUUGCCUGGUCACAGAUAGGUAAUAUCAUCAUACAGCUAAGACCAAAAGGGAUUCUGGGUACUCGGAAACAUCAUUUGCCUUAGAUAUGUUAAAACACCACUUGAAAUGAUUUUAAAGGAAGAAUAUUGAGAAAUGUUUUAUUUGGUUCCACAUGCUCCUUUGUUUCUGUUUUAGCUUGAUGACAUAACCUUUUUGGAACCAACUAUACAGUAUUUCCUAUUACAUGAACAUGUAUCCCUAAUUACAUUAAUUCAAUUUGUGACCUAAUUAAAAACAUAUAUUAAAAAUCAUAUUCUAUUCUAAAUUAUAUUUAGAACAUGUUACACRUUCAGAAUGUUAUUUUUGGUAAUCCUUAUAGUGUCUAGUGUCCAUAUGAUUGCCCCAAACGCCAAAAAAAUGCCAUUGUUGCUUAAGUUUUUAAGGGCUGGAUGAUGUGUAUAUGGACACUAGGUCUUAGUAUUUCACAUCAUUGUGCAUUAAGUUCUUUUGUAUUUUGUCUUGGAUGACUACUCUGAUUUACUAUUUUACUGGUUAWCAAUCUAAUUCACAUACAUAUCAUUUGCUAGAUUUGUGAUGUCUAAAUUGCAUAUUUUGAAUGAAAUACAUCAUCCUUUUUGUGAUAAUUAUCACAGUGCAUCAAUUCACAAUAGUAAUAAAAUAUAAAGUACAAUCAC